CGUGCUUGUUUGAUUGCGUAUCGACAACCACGCGUAAAGAUUCAUUGGGCACACGCAUUCAUCCAUCUCUUCUUCCAUCCAUACACACCUACCUACACAUUGUCAUCAUGUCACAUCGAUAUGGAGUACGGGCAAAUAUAGAAAAUGAACAGAGACGAUUACAGAGAGAACCAGUAGCGGUAUGGAAAAAGGAAUGGGUAAUACCGCCAAUCGCAGCAGGCGCACAAAACAACGUAAAAGUAUUGAAAUGGGUACGCACUUCAGACACGAUUCGAUUCGAUCCGGAAGAAGAACAUAUGGUAGGAGAAGAAACGAUGGCAAAUAUGGAAGUAGAUCCUGCACCCGCACCUAUAGAAACACUUCCAGUCCUUCCUUCUGUCGAUGUCCUUCCAGGAGAUUCACAAACCACUUCAGAUGCUCUACCCGUCACAUCAGCCACACCGGCAGAUACAAAUGCUGCCAGUGUAGAACAAACAAAUGAUGAAAGUAUGGAUAUAACCAUGGAUCAAUCAAUCAAUCCGACAGAAGAACAAGCUCAACCUGCUGCUGCUGCCAAUCCUGAUACGGCAGCCAUUCAUGAUUCAGUUGCGAUCGUAGAAACAGGUGUACCAGAACAAACUGCAACAUCAACUCCAACGCAAAUUACAGAAAAGGAAUCAUCAUCUAUACCACCAUCACAACCUGUUUCAAUGACGACCGAACUUGAAUCAACUCAGCCUUUAACCCAAGCCAGUCUACCAAUACCAGCUGAAACGCAAGAAGGUGAAGAGGGAGGACAAAACGUGCAAUCGAUCGGCAGCAUUGCAGAAACAUCGAUUUUGCCUCCAUCGACAGAAUGAAAGAGCAAAAGG